UGUCUCGAAGAAGUAGUGAAGAAAUCAAGCGGGAUAUCAGUGCACCUGAUGGAGCAUCUCCAGCAUCUCUCAUGACAAUGGGUACCACCUCACCACAGCUCUCACUCUCAUCUUCUCCGACAGCAUCAGUCACACCUACAACCAGAAGUCGCAUAAGGGAAGAAAGGAAAGAUCCCUUGUCUGCCCUAGCAAGAGAAUAUGGAGGAUCCAAGAGAAAUGCCUUGCUGAAGUGGUGCCAGAAAAAAACAGAAGGAUAUCAGAAUAUCGACAUAACAAACUUCAGCAGUAGCUGGAAUGAUGGCUUGGCUUUCUGUGCAGUCCUCCAUACUUACCUCCCAGCCCAUAUUCCCUAUCAAGAGCUAAACAGCCAGGACAAGAGAAGAAAUUUCACUUUGGCUUUUCAAGCAGCUGAAAGUGUUGGCAUCAAAUCUACUCUGGACAUCAAUGAAAUGGUGCGAACUGAGCGUCCAGACUGGCAGAAUGUCAUGCUGUAUGUUACAGCAAUUUACAAAUACUUUGAAACCUGAAACCCUAAUAAUUCAACACAUCCAUGGGAUAGAACCAACAUGAGCUACCGGAUGGAAAUCUUACUGAAAUGCUAAUCCCCAUUUCACCGAAAACUGGCAACAUUUGAGUCCGCUCAAACUUCAGUGACACUAUCCUGGAUUGCCUCAGAUUGCUUCAGCUACUAAGCCUGGAAACAACUGUUUAAAAGCAAGAACUUGUUGCCACUGUGCUUGGAAUAACCCAAGUUAUUAAGCUAUUCAGAUUAAUUAUGUAGCCUAAAGAACCUGGACUACUUAUGUGCUGCCUUUCCAGCCAGACUUCCUGAAGCUUUCUUUCCUAGGAGAGUGAGGUGAAUGGAUCCUCUAGCAUAUAGGAGACUGAAUGUUCAACUUGAGCUUUGAGAAGGAAAAGGAUAACAUGGCAUCAUCGUAUUACUGAACUUUUUGUAGCAUCCUGAUACCACACAGUCUGAAUAUUCUACCCACAGCAUAUG